AUGCAUCUUCCAGCAGAAAUAAUUGACCUUAUUACGUUCUAUGUCGAGGCUGGCAAUUCGCGGUCUACUUCAAAGAAAUCGACUGCUCGGGCUUUUCGGAUAAUGAAUGACAAAAUCCGAAAGGAUAUGGCUAAGCUCCGCUUGGUCAACAAGAGCUUUUGUCAUAGUGCCUCAGCCCGUCUUUUCCGACACAUUGUAGCUGUAGCCGGUUCAUUGUCCAGCACCACGCGUUUUCCAUCUUUAGGAAGGCUUGUGAGCCUUUCAAACAGCCCAUAUGCUCAAUAUGUGCAUCAGGUCGACGUUGGAUACGGUACCUUCCCAUAUUCGGUAGCGGAGGUUACAUUAUACACGGAAGACCUUGCUGGCUUGCUGUCUUUAUGCUUGCGUCAAUUUCCCAAUCUUAAAGCUCUCGACUUCUAUGGUCCGCCAUUGGCGUCCUUACCCCAUGAUAAGAUGAAAGCAUCGAUCGACUCGAUACUCAUGUCGUUAUGCUAUGUGCCUCUGCCUAACUUGACAGAACUUGAACUUCAGCUACCAAUGACAAAUGAUUUUGCUACAUUGUUUGCUGAGAAUAUUAGCACAUUAAGGAUCCCGAUUGAGCACAUCCUCAAACGCCUUGACUAUUUGGGAUUGCACGUCUAUGCGCAAACAAACCAGCAAUCCUGCGCGGCCCACUUGUUGAGGAUCAUCGAGCUUUCGACCAGCCUGACUUCCAUCUCAAUCAGCAGCACGAAUUAUCUAGGCAUUGAUUGUCUCAAGCUCAGCUCAACGGUUCACCUGCGGUUUUUGUCCUUACACAAAGUGAAGAUUUCCUCUCGAAACCUCGUCAAUGUUGUCGAGCAAUGCAAGGACUCGAUGGAGUACAUCGAAUUGAGGCACGUGAAGAUCGAGUCUGGAGCAUGGAAGGAGAUUCUGACCUCAAUGGAAAGUUUACCCUAUCUAUAUGACUUUGACAUAUCUGUUGGCAGUUCUCUCACAGGAAAUAGAGAGCUUCAUUCGACUCCGACCCUGUCAAUUGCAGAAGAUGUACCUGAUCAGAUUGCAUUGCAAAACCUCAAGCAAAAGGCCAAAUUGAACCGAGCCGUG